AUGUGUUGGCUUCAGGCUUGCGACAGGGAUCUCCAGUGCGGGGGAGGCAUGUGCUGCGCCGUGAGCCUCUGGAUUCGGAGUUUGCGAAUGUGCACACCAAUGGGCAGCUUGGGAGAGGAGUGUCAUCCCCUGAGUCAUAAAAUCCCAUUUUUCGGGAGGAGGAUGCAUCACACCUGUCCGUGCCUGCCUAACUUGGCCUGCAUGCGGAUAUCUCCGAGCAGAUUCAAAUGUUUACCGGAGUUCAGAAACGAAGACGUCUUCUUUUAGCAGGAACUGUUCUUAGCGGUCAUUUGGUGUACUAUUUAUUUCUCUUGUUAUUGUGAUGAACAAGCUAUUUGCCAGAGAAAAAUCUCUAGCAUACUUUUGCACCUCGUAAACUUUAAAAACAAACACUGAGGUACUGUAUUAUAGUGGGCAAGAUUUUGAAAAGGACCUUGUCACUUGAAAAAUCUUGGCCAAUCUUUUUAUACUACAGUAAGCUUGAUUUAAACAAUGGGAGGUAAUACUGGAAAACAAAGUUAGGCAUAAAACAAAUAGCAAAAGAAUGGUAUUUAGGUUUAUAUUUGGUACCUUUAUAAUUAUAACAGUACUUGUAGGUUAGUAGCAUCAGUACGUUAAAAGUUUAACCGAUAUCUGUAGUCUUUACGUGUUUUAAAACUGGCACAUUAAACCAAAGCAUUUAAGCAUAAAAAGUGUUGAAAGAUUCUAUGUUGCUUUAAUAUUUAAAAAGAGAAAUGAGUUCUUGUAAAUUUACCUGGCACAAACCGAGCUGCUUAUUUGAAACCAUGUAUUGAACUGCAGUUUAUAUUUCAAACG